AUGGAUCACUGUACACCGAAAUGGGAAACUUCUAUAUUAAAAACGUCAAAGUCAUCUCGAAAAUCUGUCAGCGAUAUAGUACAUUCGUUCAUUGCAUCUUUCAGAGUCGAUGAUGACCUUGAUGCUUCAUUAGUAACACUUGAUCGCACUAUUUAUAAAGUUGAUUUGGAAGAUUGUUCACCAAAGGAGAAAUUGAAUUCCGCAACUGUGUUAAUUGAUGAAUGUGCUUCUGGACGUUUUCCUCAUUUGGAUUUCGAUUUUCUUCAACCUGAUAAAAUUCGUGAUGCAAAUGGUCGUUUGGCUAAUGAUCCUGAAUAUUGUCCACGGACAUUAUACGUUCCGGACUCAUUCCUUAAGGAACAAACUCCUGGUCAUCGACAGUGGUGGAUGAUAAAAUCAAAAUAUUUCGACACUAUUCUAUUUUUUAAAGUUGGAAAAUUUUAUGAAAUGUAUCAUAUGGACGCGGUGAUUGGGGUGGAAAAUCUUAAUCUUACUUAUAUGAGAGGUAAAAUCGCUCACUGUGGAUUUCCAGAAAUUGGCUAUGGUCGUUUCGCUGAUCAGUUGAUUAGUCGUGGAUUUAAGGUUGCUCGUAUAGAACAGACUGAGACUCCAACACAGUUGGAAGAACGAAAUAAAGUUGAAAAAAUCCACGAUAAAGUUGUGAGGCGAGAAGUUUGUUCGGUGACUACUGCUGGUACGCGAACAUAUGGUGUACUUGAUUCAAGCGAUGACCGAAGUGCACUUGAUGCUGUUGAAUCUGCAGCCCGUUAUCUGCUUGCUUUUGCAGAAAAGAUCAACGAAGCUGGAAUUACCAUUUAUGGUGUUUGUUUCAUUGAUACGUCUGUUGGAAAAUUUUAUUUAAGUCAAUUCGAAGAUGACAGUAAUCGGUCAUCGCUGCGUACUUUAUUUGCCCAUUAUCAGCCAUCACAGAUUCUUUAUGAGCGUGGUCGUUUAUCGAAUGCAACGAAUAAUUUGCUGCAAUGUGUGGCGAGUGGAAUUGUAAAAGAGGCGUUAAUUCCUAAAAAGGAAUUUCUGACAGCGGAAUUUACGAUUAAAAGACUAAAAAAUAAGUCUUAUUUUGGCGAUGAGGUUCAUAAUUGGCCUGAGGUUGUAAAAAAAUUAAUCGAUGAUGCGAAUACUGUAUCUCCGAUAUGUUCAUCUGAUUAUAUUGAAUGUAUGAUGUCUUUCGGAGCAGUCUUAUGGUAUCUCGAGCGAUGCUUGAUUGAUGUGGAUAUGAUUACAAUGCGAAAUUUUGAGUGGUAUAUACCACCAGCAUAUAUUUAUCAAAAAACUGCACAACGUUUUUUAAUUUUACAGGAUGGUGCAGAACACAUUUGGCGUGAUCGUCAUCUCAUCUUGGAUGGGAUUUCUCUUUCUAAUUUGAACAUAAUUCCGCCUAUGAAUGGUCUCCGGCGAGUAGUUCGAGAUUCAAUCUCAUCGAAAUAUUCUCUCUACAACACUGUUAACAAAUGUAGUACCCCGUUCGGGAAACGAUUGUUGCGUCAGUGGCUUUGUUCACCUUCUUGCGAUUCUUCAAUCAUUAGCGCCAGGCAAAAUGCCAUUCAGUGGAUGCUUGAUGCGGAAAGAAAGGAAUUUAUGAUUAAAGCAACCGACCAUUUGCGCAAGCUGCCUGAUUUUGAGCGGCUGCUUCAGAAGAUUCACACAAUGGGACUAAAAUAUCGAGCAAGUGAACAUCCGGAUGGUCGAGCUGUAUUAUUCGAAGCAACUCGAUAUAAUCGUCGCAAAAUCAAUGAUUUACUGAUAACCUUAUCUGGUUUUGAUCGUGUUCUCGCUUUAGUUGAAGAAUAUAGGAAUUUGCCUUCUGGAAAAUCAGAGCUGCUGCAACGAUGUUUUGGCGAUCAGUUUCCAGAUAUAUCAGCUGAUCUAAAACAUUUUAAGAAAGGUUUCAAUCAUGAAAAAGCUCGUGAAGAAGGUGUAAUAAUUCCUGAGCGAGGAGUUAUCGAAGAAUAUGAUGCCAUUAUCGACGAUAUUAAUGACUGCAUCGUCCAACUUGAUUCUUAUCUUGAAAAUGUUCGCAGGAAUUUAAAAUGCUCGAAUAUAAACUACACGGGCAGUGGCAGAUCUCGUUAUCAAAUUGAAAUUCCUGAAUCCAUAGCGAAAAAUCUUGGGUCUGACUUUGAAUUAAAGUCAUCAAGAAAGGGUUAUAAACGUAUGACGACUUCCGAAUCUACAGAAUUGUUUCAAACGCUUAUAGAGGCUGAAGAACGAAAAGAUCUAAUUCAAAGAGAUGUGAUGCGUCGCGUUUUUGCAGAUUUUGAUAGCAGGUCAUCUAAAUGGGCUGCUGUAACAGAACGUAUUGCAAUUUUCGAUGUUUUAUUGUCGCUAGCUCGGUAUGCUCAAACUUCUGGGUUAAUCAUGUGUCGUCCAGAAUUUGAUUAUGAUUCUCAGAAACCAUUACUGGAUAUUACUUCUGGCUAUCAUCCUAGUCUAGCAAUAAAACCUUUUUCAAAUAAUGACAGUGAUUUCGCAUUUAUACCAAACAGUGUUAAACUCGGUGCUAAAAAUCCAUCGACUCUCUUACUGACCGGCCCAAAUAUGGGUGGAAAAUCAACUUUGAUGCGUCAAGUGGCAUGUCUUGUUGUUUUGGCCCAGAUUGGAAGUUUUGUACCUGCGAAAAAAAUGUGCCUGUCACCAGUUGAUCGUAUCUUUACGCGCAUCGGGGCUAAUGAUCGCAUAGCUGCUGGAAAUAUUUAUUGGAAGAUACUUAAAUUAUCAUCUGAAUUAUUCAACCCAUUAAUGUCUUUACUUCAAAUAACGAUUUUUUUCGCUUUUUUUUCACUUAUUUUUCAUUAUAUUUCCGGUCAAUCCACCUUUUAUGUGGAAUUAAAUGAAACAAAUAUUAUCUUACGCAAUGCUACGGAGCAUUCACUUGUAAUAAUGGAUGAACUAGGACGUGGAACAAGCACUCAUGAUGGUACAGCAAUCGCAUAUGCUGUAUUGAAGGACUUGGCUCUAAGAAUUAAUUGUCGAGCACUUUUUUCUACUCAUUACCACAGCCUUUGUACAGCUGUGGAGCAUAUAAGUAAUAUCAAGACUGCCCAUAUGGCUUGCGUUGUUGAAAAUGAAAAUGAUUCUGAUCCAACAAUGGAAAAUGUAACUUUUUUAUAUACAUUAGCAGACGGAGUUUGUUCUAAAUCACAUGGAUUUUAUGCUGCAAAAGUAUCGGGAAUAAAGCAAGAAAUUUCUGUUUUAUUUAUAGAAUGA